AACUUUCUUUUCUUCCACAUCUUUUGUGCGAGGACGUAGUGUCGCGUAAAGUUCGUGAAUAUUUUCGGCUUUUUAUAUAUCAGUCCGUAAUUCUGUAACCAUGGCGGAUGCGGCCGAUAAUGAAGGCAUUAAGAAAAAGCGUGCAUUCCGUAAAUUCACCUAUCGUGGUGUGGAUUUAGAUCAACUAUUGGAUAUGAAGCACGAUCUGCUCAUGGAACUCAUGCACAGCCGAGCUAAGCGACGUUUCAAGCGAGGAUUGCGUCGCAAGCCGUUGGCUCUGAUCAAGAAACUUCGUAAAGCCAAAAAGAAUGCUCCUCCAAACGAGAAGCCUGCGAUAGUCAAAACUCAUUUGCGGAAUAUGAUCAUCGUUCCCGAAAUGGUAGGAUCAAUUGUCGGUAUUUAUAACGGCAAGACUUUCAACCAGGUGGAAGUAAAACCAGAAAUGAUCGGUCACUAUUUGGGAGAAUUCUCGUUAACCUACAAACCCGUCAAACACGGUAGGCCAGGUAUUGGUGCCACCCACAGCUCUCGUUUCAUUCCACUGAAGUAGAAAGUGGACAGCUGAUGUGUUUAUUAUUUUUUAAGUAAUAUCCAUGAGAAAAGAAGUAUGGAAAUAUAAGAGCAAACGUAAACAACAGUGAA